AUAGGUCGGCCUUCCCGCUACAGUCAUCAGUUCCUUCCUGUGCCAAGCAAUAUGAAGUCGGUGAUUCUCUCCUUGUUGGCCGCCGUGGCCAUCGCCGCCCCCGACAGCUACCCUCACCAAGGACGAUCCAUUAUUGACUCCGACGAACAUGUGGCCAUCUUGAAGGACGACCGCGUCCAUGAAGAAGACGGCACGUACAACGUCGAAGUUGAGACCGCCAACGACAUCAAACUUUCCCAGUCUGGCUCUCCCCGUGGUCCCGAGGGAGCUGUGGUCAAAGCCGGAGAAUUCUCCUACACCGCUCCUGACGGCCAACGUAUUUCCGUGAAGUACGUCGCCGACGAGAACGGCUUCCAGCCCCAGUCAGAUAGUCUGCCAGUGGCUCCCGCCUUCCCCCACCCAAUCCCUCAGUUCGUGCUGGACCAGAUCACCUUCGCUGCUGAGGAGGACGCUGCCAUUGCCCGUGGCAGAUCAGAGUCCACUGGACCUUCUGACAGAUACAAGUAUGGUUCUCGUUAAUGAAUGCCUGCGGCUCAUAAUGUACUCCCGAAGACUCUUCUCCUCUCCACCAAUUUAUGUUAUAUAUGAUCAAAAUGUUGGGAAGGAUCCUAUAUAGACUUCCUGCUACUUGUGUAUUUAUUGAUAUUUGUCUUGCAAUUAUUGUGAAAAAUAAGAAUAAAAAUGUGAUUGCAGUG